AUGGCCUCCGCCAUCUCCAACCUCUCCAUCGACACCCCAAAGGCAACAACACCCUCACAAACCAAACCCAAGCCCAAGAAGGCGAAGAAGAAGAACGAGCCCAUCGCAGACUCAUGGGAAGACGAAGACGUCUCCGACGAGGAACCAGCACAAGACAAGCAUGACAACCAGCAAGAAGACGCCAAAGAACCACCAGCAUCAUCCUCAUCAUCAACGCCCUCCUCCUCCUCCUCCCUCACCACCCCCGCCGGCAGUUCCCCCGGCGGAGGGACGCCCGCGCGGAGGCCGGAGAAGACGGACGCGGUGGCCAGGCGGAUGAUUGCGGCGGGGCUGGGGCUCAAGGCGCCGCGGCAGACGGAGGAGCAGCGGGCGUAUCAGCGGUCGGUGAGGGAGCAGGAGAAGAAGAGGCGGGAGGCGCAGAGGGCGGAGGAGGAGAGGCUGCGGGAGGCUGCGGAGCGGGCCAAGGCGGCGGUCUGGGAGGAUUGA